AAAAAAGAGAAGGAAAAUAAAAUGAAAAGAAAAGAAAACAAAUCCCUUCCUUCUCUAUGAUUUUCCCUUCCCCUUAUUUCUUUCUUUUGUUCCCAUUCUCUCUUAUCGGCUCACAGAAACUCAGAAGCACAGGCACUUCGUCUCCUUUAGAGAGAGAGGGGGGUUCUUCUAGAGCGAGAAAGAUCAAUUUAACCCGGUUUUCCCACCUAGUAAAACCUAACCCUAGUUUUGUUGGGUAGGUUUUGGUUCUUCCCACUGGUGGAUUUUGUUCGCGCGCCUCGGCUUGGCUUCUGGGUAGUGGGGGAUGCGAUUGGACCGGAGGACAGGAGAAUUAGGAUUGUGGAAAGUUAUUGAUGCCGCCAGAGCCGUCUCCUUGGGAUCGGAAGGACUUCUUCAGGGAGAGGAAGCACGAGCGUUCGGAGUUGUCCGGAGGUGGAGGGGGCGGCUCCAGUGGUUUUGGAGGGUCCAGAUGGAGGGAGCAUCCGUUGAACCACCACCACUAUAGCUCUUCUCGCUGGGCAUCAGAUUUCCGCGGUAGAUAUCCUUCUGGUCAUGGUAAGCAGGGUGGCUGGCAUAUGUAUCCAGAGGAAUCGACUCAUGGCUUCAUGGCAUCAAGGUCCAGUGAAAAGAUUUCAGAAGAGGACAGUGGUCGCUAUUCCGGUUCUCGAGGUGAGGGAAAGUCUAGCAGAAAUGGAAGGGAAAAUAGAGGGUCAUUUGGUCAAAGGGAUUGGAGAUGCCAUUCUUGGGAGACCUCUUCUCCUAAUGGACCAGGACGAAUGAAUGAGACAAGUGAUCAGAGGUUGGGGGAUGGAAUGAUGAAUUACCAUUCUUCUCAAGCUCAUUCUGACUAUGCCAAUGCACGUGAUCAGUCUCACUCUAGGGACCAGCACAUUAAGAAUAAUGUUAAUGAUAUAAGAACAGUGGGAAGCACUGGGCAAAGGCUUGAAAGGGAGAACUCUCAAGAAUGGAAACAUCUAAAGUGGACACGCUCAGGAAGUCUGUCUUCACGGGGUUCCUUCAGUCACUCAUGCAGUUCUAAGAGCAUGGGAAUGGAGUCCCAUGAUGCAAAGACUGAGACACAUCCCCGAAAUCUAACACCUAUUCAGUCUCCUUCUGGGGAUGCAACUGCCUGUGUGACGUCAUCUGCUCCCUUGGAAGAGACUAAUUCUCGCAAGAAACCACGCCUUGGUUGGGGGGAAGGCCUUGCAAAAUAUGAGAAGAAGAAGGUUGAAGGCCCUGAAGACAGUCCUGCCAAGAUUGGUACUUUUAAUUCCGGUAGCAAUUUGGAAGCUAACCAUUUUAGUCCUGCAGUUCUUGCGGAUAAGAAUCCCCAAAUCGCAGCUUCAUCUGACUGUGCAUCACCAACUACUCCAUCAUCAGUUGCAUGUAGUUCCUCACCAGGGAUUGAGGAGAAAUCAUUUUUGAAAGAAACAAAUGCUGAUCACAACUUGGCUGGUAUAAUCGGAUCACCCAGUUCUGCCCCUCCUAGUCGUUCUGAGGUCAUGUUUAACAUGGAGAAUUCAGAUGUCACUACAAUCUCCAAGUUGAACGCUAAAAUUGAUGAACUGUUACAGUCAGAUGAUCCAAUUCUGGCUGAUAAUGGUUUUAAAAGAUCAACUGCACUGAAAAAGUUGCUAUCUUGGAAAAAUGAUGUGUCAAAAGUUUUGGAGAAAACUGAAUUUGAAAUUGAUAUGCUUGAAAAUGAACUCAAAUCUAUGACUUCUGGAAUGGAAAACAAGUGGCCUUUUGGAGAUCAAGGUGCUACUUGCAGUGGACCACAUCAACAUAUUUCUUUGGAAAUCGGUUCCUUUGAAGACACAAAUGUGUACAUAAUAAAUAAUACAGCUGGAGCUGUCAAAGCUAAAACAGUGGAUAUUGAUAGUCCUGGUAGUGCAACAUCAAAGCAUUUUGGAGUUCCUAGAACUGAAAAGGAUGGAUCAGUUUCAGAGCCCAAACAUGAUGAAGCUUUUUUGAAGUCUACAGAUUGCAGAGGUAUAGACAUGAAAAAUAAAGGGGCUAGUUUUGAAGCGGAAAUUGCAAACAAUGCAUCUGCUUGUAAAGAUGCUUCUCAUAUGAUCACUGCUGACCAGCAAUGUUUUUCUGAUGCUAAUCUAGAUUGUAAUGAUGCCUUGUGUGAUUCAAUAUAUGCUGCUAAUCGGGAGUCUGCAAAUAGAGUUGCUGAAGUUUUUAGAGGUAUAUUGCCAGCAAAGGACUGUACUUAUGACAUUUCAAAAGCUUCCAGUUCUUUGUUGGCAGUUGAUCCUUCAAUUAAAGAAAAAAUUGUUGAGAGGAAGAGGCAACAACAAUUUAAGGAGAAAGUUCUUGCACUUAAGUUUAGGAUCUUUCAUCAUCUAUGGAAGGAAGAAUUCAACAUGCAGUCUUUAAGAAAAUUUCGUUCAAAAUCUCAGAAAAAGUUUGAUCUGAGCAUGCGUUAUGUGCAGACAGGCCAUCAAAAGCAUCGCUUUUCUUCUCGCUCACGGCCUUCUGCUGUUGGAAAUUUAAACCUGGUUCCCUCACCGGAUUUGUUAAGCUUCACGAGCAGAUUGCUCUCAAAUUCCAGCACAGUGACACCAUAUAGGUGCACAGAACGAAUGCCAGUUAUGAUUUUAGAUAAGAAGGAGAAGUUGCUAUCAAGAUUCAUUACAAACAAUGCAUUAGUGGAAGAUCCUUGCUCUUCUGAAAAAGAGAGGUCAUUGAUUAAUCCCUGGACAUCAGAGGAGAGAGAGAUUUUUAUAGACAAGCUUGCCACAUUUGGGAAAGACUUUGGAAAAAUUGCAUCAUUUCUUGAACACAAAACAACAGCUGAGUGCAUUGAGUUCUACUAUAAGAAUCACAAGUCUGGAGAUUUCCUGAAAACCAAGAGCAAGCCAGGUUAUGCAAAACAAGGGAAAUCUAACUACCUUGUUGCGUCUGGUAAAAGAUGGAACCGUGAAUCCAAUGCAGCCCCCUCCCUUGACAUAUUAGGUGAAGCUUCAGCUAUGGCAGCCAAGGGCGAUGAAGAUGUCGGAUUUCAGAUGUGCUCCUCCAAAUACCUUCUCGGAGAAAGUGAAAACAAACCAUCAAACAGUGUUGAUGUGUGUAACAAUGACAGAGAGGCGGUGGCUGUUGACGUUCUGGCUGGAAUAUGUGGUUCCUUUUCAUCCGAAGUUACAUGUUCAUGUAUUACAAGUUCUAUUGACCACGAGUGGAAACACCACAAAGUGAGCUCUUCAACCGUGAGGCCACCUGUGACUCUUGAGGUUAUGCAACAGAACGUUGAUGAAGAAACAUAUUCUGAUGAAAGUUGUGGGGAGAUGAUGGACCCCGCUGAUUGGACCGAUGAGGAGAAACUCUCCUUCAUUCAGGCUGUCUCAUCAUACGGGAAGGAUUUUACCAUGAUUUCCAGAUUUGUGAAAACAAGAUCAAGAGACCAGUGUAAGGUCUUCUUCAGUAAGGCCAGGAAGUGUCUUGGACUUGAUGCACUCAUUAAUCCUGAACCUGGAAUUACUGCUGGAGAGGAUGGUCAUGAGGGCGACAGAAGUGAUGAUGCUGAAGGUGCUGCUUGUUUGCUAGAAAUGGACUCCUCCAUAUGUAUUGAGAAGAAAUCAGAUAUCCAUGUACAGUCCCCAAUAUUGACAAGGCGGAGAGACCUGGAUUUGGCAGAUGGAAGACGAGAUGCUAAGCCUGACCUUAACUGCUCUAAUGAUGGUGUAGUGGACCUGGAUUCUGCAGAUAUAGAGCACAUAUCUUAUGCAUAUGAUGUGGACAAGGAGUUGGAAUCUGACAGGGAUGUUGAGAACAGGAUUAACAAAGAUGUGCAGUGCGAUGGAAGCAUGAUAUCCUCUUGCCAAGAAGGUGAGAAAGCUGAUACUGUUCAUGAUUGCCCUCCUGUGAAAAUCCCUCCUGAUGUUGGUGUUGUCGAUGUUCUUGUCCAGAAUUCAACUGAAGAUUUAAGGGGCCCACUGCUCGACUGCAGUUUGAGCGAAAACAUUAACGUCCCGGUAGCCAUGUGUGAUGAUACUUGCACCAUCACUGAAUCUGGUUCCAGAGUGUAUGAGUGUCUUACGAAGGCUGCUGCCAACUCUAAUGAAUCAGAUGCCAGGCUGAAGUCUGAUGUCAGCAGCUCUAUGCUGGCAAACAACAGUUCAGUUCCUACUCUAUCAAAAAUGUCUGACGAUUCUACUGUCACCAUUGCUUCUGAGGGUUGUUCUGGUGUUGAUGGUAUGCUGGCAAAUCUCAGUCCAUCAGAACAUGUUGGUGAUAUAAAGAUUCAAAAACCACAAGUAGUUGCUGGGCAGCAGCAGCAGCUUCCAGGGUCAUCAACAACCAUAAAAGAGAAUGGAGCCUCGGAUAUUUGUUGGAGGUCAGGUAGGGUCUCAACCUCUGCUGAUUGCAUCCUUCUAAAAUGCAGCAGCAGCAGCGGCAGCUCAAAGCAUGGUAGCUCUUUGGGAAUGGAAAAAUCCAGCACAAGUGGUGAUUUUAAGCUGUUUGGUCAAAUUCUUAGCAAACCCUCUUCUUCCUCUCAACAGAAUUCAAGUAGUAGUUGUAACAGCAGCACACAACGGAAGGAGGAACAGAGCACUUCUCUUAAAGACAAUGACAUUAAGUCAUCCAUUUGUGCAGCAGAUGGUGUUUCUUCUUCCACUUCUCCUGGAACUUUUCGCAGCUCAUCUGAGAAUCAUCUCCCAUUGAGGAGUUACAGCUAUUGGGGAGAUGGGAACAUGAUACAAAAUGGGGGGUUCUCUACUCUACCUCCUGAGUCUGCCAUCCUAUUGGCAAAGUACCCUGCUGCUUUUGGAAAUUUCGCAAUGACAUCAUCAUCAGUAACUACAAAAGGGGACGGAGUGGUGACAAAUAGCGAACGGGGCUUGAAUGGUGUUGUGCCUGUUUUCCCCAGAGAAAUACUAGUCAACGGGAAUGGGGUGGCUGCAGAUUUGGGGUUUAGAAACAGAGAAGUGCAGGCUUAUGAUGUUGUCUCAGGCAUGCCGCAAGGAAGGGGCAAACUUGGAAUUAAUGUUGUGGCGCGAGGAGGGGGCAUUCUUGUUGGGCAAUGCAGUGGUGGCCUUUCAGAUCCAGUUGUGGCUGCUGCUGCUAUCAAGAUGCACUAUGCCAAGGCCGAUCAGUUUGGGGAAGAGGAUGCAUGGAGAGGUAAGACGGGUGAAUUAGGCAGCAGGUUGUAGCAGUAGUUGGGGCGGGCUUUGUCCCCCUCCGCAGUGGCAAAAUUUCACCUCUUUUGCUUGCUGCGAUGUACUAUAUAGCUUUUUGUAAUUUGAUUGAGCAGAUAAAAUGAUAGUGCAGUCUUUUUAGAGGUUUUUUAACAGGAUCCCUAGGUUGGUUUGGUCAUUUUUUUUUCUUUUGGUUUUAUUUAAUUUUUAAAUAUAUAAUGCCAGCAUCUUUUGUAUCUUUGUUGUAUUUGUUGAUGAUAAUGAUAUGAUGGGAUACAGCAAUAAUAUGUGUUCUUUCAA